AUGGACAUCAAUUCACUCCUCUCGCCGGACUCGAAUCCCAAGUCUGGAAAUUCGACGCCCGUGCCCGCUCCCACGUCAAACGCUGCCCCCGCUGCCGGGCCAUCUCCCCACAAGGCUAUCCAGAGAGCUCGAUCUGGCCCGAGACGGAAGGGAAAGACUUCGUCGCCCCUCGCGCAACAGGUAUACGCGCCUGCUGGGAUCCCAGAGUCUUCACCUACAGAUGGCGGCUCCUCUUCCGGAGCCAAGGCCAGCGGCGGAAACGGCACAUCACCUGUGACCGAAGGCCCACCGUCGCGACAAGCCUCCACACCCGGGAUGGACACUCUGGCCGACCUGGCUUCGAUGCAGCACCACCAACCGCAACGUCCGAACGCUGCUAGUAUGCUGCGAAGCACCCAAUCUUAUGAGCACCAGCUGUCUCCCUCGACUAUUCACCCCCACGUAAACUCCGUCAACCACAACACCCCUACCUCCCGAAUCUCCUUCGAUAUCGCCAUGUCAGACGGACGGGAUCCUUCCCAAAGAACCUAUGCUGCGACCUCGCUCGAUCCGGAAGCGCAGCGGUUGGCGACCGAAUUAUUCCAUCGGAUUUCCUUGAAUCCCCACACACAUGAUGCCCACGUGCAGUUUAUCGGACUGCUGCAUGCAGGGUUCGUGAACCACGUGUAUCCACCGAACAACCCUGACGUACACGGCGAUCCACGACGCUACGACUUGCUCAACGACUUGAAGACAGCCCGCGAAGAGAUGGACAAGCUUUUCGCUAUGGGAGAAGAUCUCUGGGCUGAAUGGAUUCAAGAUGAGAGUAUGCUUGCUCAUGAUGUGGACGGUCGUAUCGCUGUUAUGGAACUCUGCCAGCGAUCGGUGGAAGAGGAGUUUGGCAGCACAAAACUCUGGAAUAUCUACGGCGAAUGGGUGCUUUAUCUGUACCACUCCGCCCAUGGCGAAGCUAGCUCCAGCCAGUGGACUGAGGAAGAUCGGGCGGUUGGCCGCGAGGUAUUCACCUGGCAGUCAGUCUUGCAAGUGUGGCAGAGGGGUGCAGAUGCUACCAGAUGGAGGAUCAAUAACAGCCAUCUGGUGUGGGACCGCCUGCUCGAUCUGUAUGCCCAGGAUAUCGCUCGCGCGCCUUCGCAGGAAAAGAUCAACCAUCUUCGAGGACUUUAUGACGUUCGUCUGCAGACCCCACAUGCUACCUGGGACCAGACUUUCCAGAAGUUCUCGGGCUUUGUUUCGACCUAUUACAACUCUAAGUAUGAGGAGAUCAUGUCAGAGACCGUUGCUCGGGCGGCGGAGCCAAAAGCUCUUUAUAACGCACGAGAGGAGUUUGAACUUCGCUUGGCUAAGGUGCAAGAGUCUGGUGACCGUGCCCUCGAGUGGACUGUGUACUCCGAGUACAUUGACUGGGAAUUGACUCGCGAUCGGCGGAAGCGAGGAGAAUUUUGUUUCGACCUCGUCAAUGCUAUCUACCAGCGCGCCGUCCUUCACUACCCCACCGAUGUGUCCCUCUGGGAGGACUAUGUCAUGUUCCUCAUCGGCGAAUCUCUCAACCGCCGUACCUCUACUACAGCGAUCUCGACUCUUGAUCGUGCGACCCGUCAUUGUCCCUGGUCCGGAAAUCUCUGGUCUCAGUAUCUAUUGAGCUCAGAGAGAGAAAACCAGCCGUUCAAUAUCAUCGCUGACAUCAAGCACAAGGCUACUAGCACUGGACUCCUUGACGCUGGUGGACUGGAGGAGGUUCUGAAGGUCCACGUCACUUGGUGUAGUUACCUUCGCCGACGUGCCUUCCUCCCUGACUCUACGGAUGAAGAUCUGGAUGUCGCCGAAGUCGGCAUUCGCUCGGCCAUCGAGAGUGUGCAAGAACUUGGCGAGAAGAAAUACGGCCCGGCGUAUCAGGGCGACCCCCUCUUCCGCCUGGAGCGGAUUUACAUUCGCUUCUCCAGUGAAAGCGGUAGCUGGGACACCGCACGUGAGACCUUCAAGGGCCUUAUGGCCCGCCGUGGUGGCAGCUAUGAAUUUUGGCUCGCUUACUACGGAUGGGAACUCAUCUGCUGGAGCAAGUUCGUUCAGGGAGAGGCAACUGUGGAUGCUGCGCGCCGAACCCCCAACCCGAGCUACGCUACUGCCGUGUUGAAAAAAGCGCUCAAGCGAACGGAUUUGGAUUGGCCGGACAAAAUCGUCCAGACUUAUAUUACUCACUGUGAGGACUACGAGGACUCGGAUGAGCUACAGCUGGCCGUGAUCGAGACCCGCAAGGCAAUGAGAGCCGUUACUGCUCGCAGAGAACGCGAGGCACAGGAGGCAGCGGCAUUGGCUCAGCAGCAGCAACAACAACAGUGGGAGGCUGCGAUGGAGGCUGCUCCUUCUCACGAGAAGAGAAAGCGGGACGAUGUGGAGGAUUUGCCAACCAGCAAGAAGGCCCGCAAUGAAGAAGCGGAUGCCAAGGAGGAGCCGAAAGAAGAAGCACAUGCCGUUCUCCAACGGGACCGAGAGCACGCCACUGUGAUUGUGAAAAACCUACCUCGCGACACUACUGAACAUCAGGUUCGGCAAUUCUUCCGUCAUAUCGGUACCAUCAACGGCGUCCGAAUGCUCCAAGGAGAGGACAAGAACUCCGAGGUUGCGAUCAUCGAGUUCGAAACCAAAGACGAGGCCCUUAGUGCUGUCACCCGUGACCAAAAACGCUUCAAUGACACCCAGAAUGUCAUUGAUGUACAGAUUGGAGCGGACACGACGUUAUGGGUCACCAACUUUGCCUCAACUGCGGAUGAGGAGUACAUUCGCAGCCUCUUUUCUAAGUACGGCGAAGUAGUUGACGUUAGAUUGCCCUCCCUCAAAUUCGACACUAGUCGACGCUUCUGCUAUGUGCAGUUUGCUACCUCAGCCGCGGCCCACCACGCUACAGAGCUCAAUGGAAUGCCGAAUGAAAAGGGCAGGAAGCUUGUUGUUAAAAUCUCUAACCCUGCGGAGAAAGCAGCUCGCAGUGGCGCGAGAUACGAUGGACGAGAGCUCUAUAUUGUUAACAUUGACUGGAAGGCCAGUGAUGAAGAUCUCAAAGAGGCAUUUGCUCAGUAUGGCACCAUUGAAAAGGUCCACAUUGAGCGCAAGGCCGAUGGUGGUAGUAAGGGCUUUGGCUCUAUUGUCUUCUCUUCUAAGAAUGAAGCCAAUGAGGCCCUCGCAAUGCAUGACAAAAUGUUCAUGAGGCGCCCCCUUCGUGUCGAACUUGCUCAGGCUGGUGGCCCGGCCAAGCGCAGCACCCACACCGUCAUCUCUCAAGUUGCCACGGCGGGAUCACCCUCAGUCGAGGCCAACGGCACAGGCCCGGACGAUCUGGAAGUGCCGGUUGGUGAGCACGCCCAGCGCACAAUUGCCUUGAUGAACAUCCCCGACACCGUUAAUGAGGAUCGCGUUCGUGCCCUUGUUGAGCCAUUUGGCCACUUGGUCAAGAUCUCUCUGCGGCCGGAUCAUCAAGGUGCUGUUGUGGAGUUUGUCGACAUCCACGACGCCGGCAAAGCCUCGAUGGCGCUUGAAGGGAAGGAAAUUGCCCCUGGACGCCCGAUCCAUGUUGGCAGGGUUUACGAUCUGAAGCAACAACACGCUGAGCAGAAGACCAGCAAGGUCACCUCCCUCAAGCACGAAGCCCCAACGAAGAAGACGAACCUCCAGCCCACCGGUCCGAUCAAACGCCCCCAGCAGCCUGGCGCGCGCGGAGGCCGGAAAGGUGGUCUUGGACAGAAACGAUACACCGCAGCUCCCAGUGAGAAGCAACCUCCUGCGCCGGCGGGUUCCGACAAAAUGGACACCACUACCGACGGUGACAGUGGCAAGCCCAAAAAGAGCAACGAUGAUUUCCGCGCUAUGCUUCAAGGAAGCCGCCCGGAAUGA